AUGAAGGUAAAAAUCAUUCACAAAGAAACAAUUACACCAUCCUCUCCAACUCCUUCCCACCUGAAAACACUACACCUCUCUUUUAUGGAUCAACUUGUUCCUGAAGUUUAUGUCCCGCUGCUUCUUUUCUAUCCCAAUCCGACAACUCAUGAGAAAUCCAGCAUUCUAAAGACAUCAUUAUCUGAAACCCUCACUCACUUCUAUCCUUUAGCAGGGAAAUUCCAAUACAAUGAUUCAAUCUGUUGUGACGAUCAUGGGGCUGCAUUCGUUGAAGCCAGGGUAAAUUGUCGGGUGUCAAAGAUUUUAGAAAAUCCAGAUGCUGAGAUGCUAAAACAUCUGUUUCCAGCUGCUUUCGAAUCCACACAAGCACUUACAGGCCAUCUCCUACUGGUCCAGGUCAACUUCUUUGAAUGUGGUGGGAUGGCAAUUGCAAUCAACAUUUCACAUAAGGUGGCAGAUGCUUUUACCUUGAGCACAUUCACCAAAAUAUGGGCUAGAGUUGCCCAAGGUCAUCCGGUGCUGCUUCCUGCAGAUUCGUUUGGUGCUCUAACUUAUCUUUACCCACCACAAGAUUUCUUAAACGCGUCAAAACCUCUUGCGGAAUAUACUCAAGAACAGUGCAUGAUAAGAAGGUUUGUGUUUGAUGCCUCAAGGAUUGCUGCUCUCCAGUUCAAAGCAGCCAGUGCUUCUGUGACAAAUCCUACACGCAUUGAAGUAGUGUCAGCACUCAUAUGGAAAUGUGCCAUGGAAGCAUCAAGAUCAAACUCAGGAUCGAUAAGGCCUUCCGUGUGCAGUCAACCGGUGAACAUGCGAAAAAGAUCAGGGAAGCCAUUCGUGGAAAACGUAUUGGGAAAUUUUGUUUGGUUUUUUAAAGCAAUAACAGUAGAAGGUGAAGUAGAUCUUCAAAGCUUGGUUGCUACAUUCCGGAAAUGCAUGGAAGACUUUAAGGUAAACUACCGUAAUGGAGUGUCUGCAGAGCAGGCCUAUCAAACAAUCAAAGAGUCUGCAAAACUCUUGGAAAAAGAAGGCAUGGACAGCUAUACUUGUACCAGUUGGUGCCGGUUUCCUUUCUACGAAACCAACUUUGGAUGGGGAAAGCCGUCAUGGGUAAGUACCCCUUAUGCUCUUAAAAAUAAAUUUUAUUUGAUGGAUGCGAAUGAUGGCAAUGGUAUCGAAGCGUACGUGACUCUCUUAGAAGAAGACAUGGCCAUAUUUGGAAGCAAUCAGGAGCUGCUUGCUUAUGCAUCUCUGAAUCCAAGUGUUGUUUAUUAGCUAUCAUCCGGAAAAGGUCUCAUCUUGUGAUUCUAGUUAAAUGUAAUUUCUCCUUGUGUUCAUGCUCAUCAUAGUCAUCUCUGACAAAAUAAAGUUACGAUGUUGAGUGUUGACAAA